AUGGACUGGCAGAACCGCGACCCAGCAGCCUCCGGAGUCACCGCCGCCCUCAAAGCAGCUCAGCCCAGGGGUGCACCAGGCCCUGUGGGCAAGAGGCUACGGCAGGAACGGAUGAACCGCAUAAUGCCUGGUGACAAAGCGAUUUCUGCUUUCUCUGAAUCAGACAACCUUUUCAAAUGGGUGGGGACCAUGCACGGAGCCGCGGGCACCAUACAUGAGGACCUGAGGUGUAAGCUCUCCCUGGAGUUCCCCAGUGGCCACCCUUACAACACACCCACUGUGAAGUUCCUCACAGCCUGCUACCACCCCAGCGUGGACACCCAGGGCAACAUCUGCCUGGACAUCUUGAAAGACAAGUGGCCUGCCCUGUAUGAUGUCAGGACUAUCCUGCUCUGCGUCCAGAGCUUGCUAGGAGAACCCAGUAUCCACAGCCCUUUGAACACACAGGCUACUGAGCUCUGGGAAAAUCCCACAGCCUUUAAGAAGUACCUGCAAGAAACCUGCUCAGAGCAGGUCUCCAGGUCUCCAGUCAAGAACCCUGACCUGCACUGUCCAGCCUUUCACCUUGUAUUGUCUUUUUUUUUUUUUCCCCCCUUGGAUGGUGUCUUUUUUAUUUGUGUCUGUAUAGGACUCUGUCUUUAACUGUGGUGUGUGUGUGUGUGUGUGUGUGUGUGUGUAAUCUCUUGUUAAGACCUUGUGAUGAGUAUAUUAAAUAAAUAAAUUUGAGGUGUUUUGUAAAAAAAAAUAAAAUAAAAAUAAAAACAUAAAUAAUAAGCAAAAACUUGCAAACAACCAAAAUGUCCUUCCACAUAUGACUGGAUAAAAAAGUUAUGAAAC